AUGGCCUCUCAAAUAGCAAAGGUGUUGUUGUCUUUGGAUGCUGAAGCAGUUUGCUCACUCAAAGAAGGAGUCAAUUUCAAGAAAAGCCCAGAGGACGGCAAGUGUUACAUCAUAUUUAAGACCAACAAUGACUUUAAAGCAUGCAAGAACCAGUGCAAGCAUCAAGGGGGGCUGUUCAUCAAAGACAUUGAAGACCUGGAUGGCAUGACUGUUAAAUGCACCAAGCACAACUGGAAAUUAAAUGUGUCAACAAUGAAAUAUGUGAACCCCCCUGACAGCUUCUUGCAGGACGAGCUCGAGGUCGAAGUGUUGGAUGAUGGGGGGCUUCAGUUGGUGGAACUGAGCCCUGUUGAUCCCUGGAUGGCUGAUCCUCGAGAGCCUCUGGAGCUCCAGGAAGGAGAAGUGAAAGUGACAUACUUCACCCACGCCUGCAUGGAGUUACAGCUUGGUGAGAAAAGGUUCAUGUUCGACCCCUGGUUGAAGGGUCCCGCAUUUGCCAGAGGGUGGUGGCUUCUCCAUGAGCCUCCAGCAGAUGCUCUGGACAGGCUAUGUGAGGCAGAUCUCAUCUACAUCAGCCAUAUGCACUCAGACCACCUCAGCUAUCCCACACUGAAAGUCUUGGCAGAAAGGAGGCCCAAUGUCCCCAUAUAUGUUGGUGACACAUCCAGACCUGUGUUUUGGUAUUUGGAGCAAAGCCAGGUUAAGCUGACCAACAUUAAAGUCAUUCCCUUUGGUGUUUGGCAAAAUAUUGAUGAUCACCUGAGAUUUAUGAUCCUGAUGGAUGGUGUACAUCCUGAAAUGGACACCUGCAUCAUUGUUGACUACAAAGGUCACAUGAUCCUCAACACUGUGGACUGCACCAGACCAAACGGAGGCAGGCUACCACAAAAUGUGGACGUGAUGAUGACCGACUUUGCUGGAGGAGCUUCUGGAUUCCCCAUGACCUUCUAUGGAGGGAAAUACAGCGAUUCCUGGAAGGCAGAGUUUAUCAAGAAUGAGAGGAAGAAGCUGGUGAAUUACAAAGCUACACUGGUGAAAUCCCUGCAGCCGAGGAUCUACUGCCCAUUCGCUGGAUACUUUGUGGAGGCUCAUCCGUCAGACAGAUACAUAAAGGAUACAAAUAUCAAAAACAGUGCAGAGGACCUUAAUGCACUCAUUAAUAAGCUCGCACCAGCAAUCAAGACUUGGACACCGAAGCCAGGUGCUGUGCUGGACCUCGGCCUCGCUCUCACAGACCCCACCAACAGUGAGGCCAUCACCAAUCCGCCAGCCAGUGUAAAAAUCUACAAGGACAGCUGGGAGUUCAACUUGUAUGUGAACGAGCUGAACAGUGCCAUCAAGUCUGACAUAUUUAAACAUCAAAGCUGGAUCCAGUUUUAUUACACGUGGGCUGGCUUUCAAAACUACAACCUGGUUGUGCGGGUCAUUGAAACAGACGAUAAGUUUGAAUGCAUCGCUGACGGUUAUGACUAUCUGGUGGACUUUCUGGAUCUAUCAUUUCCCACAAAGAGACCUGACAGACAUCACGCCUACCUGGAGAUUAAAAACAGGAUUGGAGUGAUACGGUACGUGGUGCUGCAUGGCUGUCUGUGGGAUGACCUGUACAUCGGCUUUCAGAACCGCAUCAGCCGAGAUCCAGACAUCUACCACCACAAGUUCUGGAAACACUUCCAAGCAGAGCUGCCACUUUGCAAGCCAGACUGGGAACAGUUCCAAAAACAGGUCUUCCCCAUCAAUGAGUCGACCAUGCCUCGCAAUGAUACAGGGAUGGGAAAUGACUGUGCCUUGUCAUGA